AUGGCACUGGCUAGCUACAUUUUAGGUUUUUCUGGCGUGGGUUUUGCAACGCGUUGCUGGCAGCUGGCCAUAGAGAGGAGGAAUGUGUUCGAUAACUUCUUCGGCCACUUGAUCGCUGUCGGUGCUUUCGGUACAGCUGGAUUCUUCUUGCAUGGCGUUUCACAGAGACAGCAGAAUGCUCUCGAGGAUAGGAAGCAAGUGUUGAUUGAAAACAGACAGAAGAACUCGCAGAGGCUGUUAGUUGGCAUGUCGGAUACGCUAAACACGCUAAAGAGACAGGGCAGCGAGGGUGCUGAGGGGGUUGCAGAGGCAGCCACAGCUGCAGCCACCGCAACACCCACACGCCCCGCGCAAAAGAAGCAAAAGAAGCAGAAACCCAACAAGCGAGAAAAGAAGCCAGACGAGCGCAAGACUUGGACGAAAGACUGGGCGGGGCUGCCUAAGCUGAGUGACAUAACGCCAAGCGAUACGCCCAAGCUGCCCAAACGCAAGUGUGCAGUAAUUGUUGGGUUCUGCGGCACAGGGUACAACGGAAUGCAAAUACAACCGCAUGCAAACACACGCACGAUCGAGGGUGAAAUAUUUCUCGCAAUGGUCAACGCGGGUGUGAUCAGUCGGGAGAACUCCACUGACCCUGGCAAAGUGAAUCUACAGCGUGCUGCGCGCACAGACGCAAGUGUUCACGCCGCAAGUAAUGUUAUUUCGCUCAAAAUGAUAGUGGAGCUGCCUGAACAAGGUGAUCCUGUCGCUGCUAUCAACUCUCAUCUCCCUCCGCAUAUACGUAUUUGGGGAUAUGUGCGCACGCAGAACUCUUUCGAUGCGCGUAAUAGUUGCGAUAGUAGAAGAUAUGAGUAUCUGCUUCCCUCUUACGUCUUCCUCCCUCCCGCGCCCUGGACCAAUUUGGGGAAACGGUUAGGAACCCAGCAUCCUUUCUGGAGCGAGGAAGGAGUGGAUGAAAAUGAGAGUGUUGAGGGUAUGAUGCAACGUAAACGCGCAUGGCGUAUCGACACUGAUACUCUUUCUAAGGCCAGAGCUACCCUGCAGCAUUUUACAGGCUCACACAACUUCUGGUCGUACACUAUCGGCAAGGCGUUUACUGAGAGGAGCGCACAGCGUUAUAUGAAGGAAUUGGAAAUACGUGAACCGUUUCUGGUCGAAGGGAAUGAGUGGAUCAGCGUUAGGUUCUACGGACAGAGCUUCAUGUUGCACCAGAUUCGUAAGAUGAUCUUCAUGCUGGUGAACGUGACGCGUACUCCUACUCCGCCAUCACUAAUAGAGAAGACAUACUCUAACACCCCUAUCGUCGUACCUAAAGCUCCCGGUCUCGGCUUGUUGUUGGAAGCACCUUGCUUUGGGGUGUAUAACACGCGUGUACAAGAGAAUAAUAUCGCUGUUGAGAAGAGUGCUGAAGAUCGCGUAAAGAAGGCUAUCGAGAAGGCGCACAAGGAGCAGUCUAAAGUGGGUGAAAAACAAGGUGAAAAUGGAAAUGAAAUUGAGAAGAAAGAAAAGGAUCAAGAACAACAAGGCACAACUCUCACCGACGAACAAAUCCGUCAUGACACGCUCAAACAACUGGACGGAGACAAGAAGGAAGUGAUCGACUUUGAGCAGUACAGUGCACAAAUAGAUGCAUUCAAGCAUGAGCAUAUCUACACACGUCUUAGAGCGGAGGAGGUUACGGGGAAUGUCUAUAGCAGAUGGACAGGGAUGAUUGAUACACAUGAAGGCGAGCAACUGGAUUACCUCAACGGUGAUGGUGUAAUACCUGACUCAGCUGUAAAGUCAGGCAGGAAGGGGAUGAAGGGUGGACAAAGCGCGAGUCUCGACGGAGCGGAUGUGAAACCAAUCAAGCAGCUCGAUGACUCUGAUAACGAGGAGAGUUAUGACAAGAAGGCGUUGAAGAGUGGUGAGUUGGAGGGGUGA